UAUUUGUGUGCGCUGCCUGGAGCCUGCUUCCUCUCUCCACCUCCCCAUUUCUCUCUCCUGACCUCGUUUAGUUCUUUCCGCUGGACUGGACGGGUUUAAUAUUAGAAGCACUCACCCUGUGCCUGCGUCUGUGUCUGGCUGCCUUCUCUGCUGUCUGCGCUCUCUUCAUACCUGUGCUUCCCUCGUGGCUGUUGUCCUUGUGUGAACUGUGUGUGUGACGGAGAGAGAGAAAUAAAUAUGAUAUUAUAAUGGAAUUCUAGUGUAGUCUGUCCCCAUACUCCCCGUAUGUUUUAAGAGUAUGACUGGCUCAUAAUGUAAGAGUGUGUGUGUGUAUUUGUUUGUUUGGUUUAUUAUGAGUGUCCCCCCCUUUCCUGUGAACAGGGAAGACGUCCUUAUUCCUGGAAGUGGUCAGUGCGUCACUUACAGUAGAAGGAAGUGACCUCUCCGUGUGCUGUAGCCUAUAUUUACCGUGCCACCAUCAUCUCCCAAUCUCCCCAUUUCACUGGCGUCUGGUCCCCCCUUCAGAGGCUCUGAGAGCAGAACACUGCCAUCAUUAUGCUAUUUCCCUAGCGUACAUGCUUUGAAGGGAGAAUUCUUUUUUUUUGUCCUUAUUAUUUGAAGUAGGAUUAUUAUUGUCCCCCCUCUAUCCAUAAAUACACUUCUUUCAUACGGCAGAAGCUCAAGGGGUUGAACAUGAAUUAUUACUUAUUUUUGUUUCCUUCCUUCCUUCCUUCCGGUCCCUCAGCUGUGUGACGUAGGAGCGCUGCGUGAGGUCUGACACAAGCCGGUACACCUGUGUGCGAGUGUGUUCUGAAGGACAUUUGCUUUCCUUGAAGCAGCAGUGGCUGAAGAGAAUAACACCAUCAAACCCACUCACUACACACACACACAAGCUGCUUUGAUGAGGUAACAUUGGGCAGCGGAGGACAAACCUACCCCAAGUAGCACCCUUCUCACCCUCCUUCCCUCCCUCCCUCUUUCCCUCUCUUUCCCCCUCCUCCCCUCCCUCCCUUCCCAUCCUUCUCUCCUCCUGUUGCUAUCCCCCCCCAUCCCCCAUCAUGGGUCAGAAGAUCUCAGGGAGCAUCAAGUCGGUGGACGUGCGUGGCGGUGAGCCGUCUUUCCGACCGGUGCGGCGCGAGCUCCGCGGGCCGGACUUCUGCCGCCCGGCGCGGCUAGACCUGCUGCUGGACAUGCCAUCGGCGCCAGCCGACCUUCAGCAGCGGCACGCCUGGAACCCGGACGACCGCUCGCUCAACAUCUUCAUCAAGGACGACGACCGGCUGACCUUCCACCGGCACCCAGUGGCGCAGAGCACCGACUGCAUCCGCGGGCGCGUGGGCUACACGCGCGGCCUCCACGUCUGGCGCAUCCACUGGCCGUUGCGCCAGCGCGGCACACACGCCGUGGUCGGCGUGGCCACGGCCGGCGCGCCGCUCCACUCGGUAGGCUACACGGCGCUGGUGGGCAGCGACGGCGAGUCCUGGGGCUGGGACCUGGGCCGCAACAAGCUCUACCACGACAGCAAGAACCGGCCGCCCUCGCAGGCGCCCAGCUACCCGGGCUUCCUCGAGCCCGAGGAGGCCUUCGCGCUGCCCGACGCGCUCACUGUGGUGCUGGACAUGGACGAGGGCACGCUCAGCUUCAUGGUGGACGGACAGUACCUGGGUGUGGCCUUCCGCGGCCUGAAGGGCAAGAAGCUCUACCCAAUCGUUAGCGCCGUGUGGGGCCACUGUGAGAUCACCAUGAGAUACAUCAAUGGCCUGGACCCGGAGCCUCUUCCUCUGAUGGACCUGUGUCGGCGGGCGGCUCGUCUGGCGUUGGGCCGGGAGCGGCUACAGGAGAUCGAGACCUUGCCUCUGCCCCAGUCCCUUAAAAAUUACCUCCAGUACCAGUGAAACCGGGUCACACCACACCCAACUGGACCGCACCGUACCAGGCUGACAGAAAGAGGGGGGGGGGGGGGGGGGGGGUGUAAGGAGGGAGGAGGGGGAGGUAGGUCACCGCUCAGCCCCAUGGGAUAUGUUUACAUUCAUGAGCUGCCGACGGCACUCGCUGGUGGGGUACCUGAGCUCCCCUGUUUUUAAUCAGUGCAAGGGAGAUUUUUAUGAUCUGUCUUUUUUUCCCCCUUCCGCUUUGUCUCUCUCUCUCUCUCUCUCUCACCAUUUCUCUUUCUUGCUUCUACCUCUCUCCCUCUUGAGUCUUUUUUUAUUUUUUAAGUUAUUGAGAUGGCUGUGACUUCGAGGAGGGGGGCAGGGGUGGGGGGGGGGGGUGGUUAGUUACAUCACUACACUGCGGCUGGUUGCCGCGGAGACGCCUGAGGUGCUGUGGGGAUGGACAAAAAGCGAGAAGAGACUGGAGUGGGUGGUUAUGAGCAUGCUCAGACAGCACACUAACCUUGGGAGGCCUUGUUUUUUCGAGAAGAAAACCAAUCCAAAACCUCACCGUCCGUACUGAAACCAAACUAAACCGAGCCGAACUGGCCUGAACUGAACUGAACUGAACUGAACUGAACUGAAGUGGACGGAACUCUCCGUAUGUUAUCAGGAUUGGCUUGCAGUUCCUCGAGUCUCCACCAGAGGCACUACAGGACGUGUGUCCUCCCCUGCCAGCUCCUCUGUAGGGGACUGAGGACAAAGCAAGUCCAGAGGUCCAGCUGACUGGAGAGACAAAGACCUUCAGCUCCUCUACCCUGGCAGGAGCUGCAGGGACACACACACACACACACACACACACGCGCAUAUCCAUAUGCAUACACAUUUACUCACAUAGCAGCCAUUAUAGGGUCCAGGGAGGAUGUCUUUGUCUUCCCAGUAUGUACCGUUACACAUACACAUAUAAGUGCACUAAAAUAUGCACAACAGACAUACAUACACACAUACACCCUCUCAAAGAGCUUAAGUCACUUUUUUAUUUCUAAGUUUCUACCCUUGAUUGGAUUAUGUGUGCAUUUUAUUUUCUGAUUCUGAUGACCAUGAUGACGAUUCUGUUUAUGCUGUCUAUUAGUAUGAUGUUUAUUUAUCAGGAACUAGUUCCUUUUUAACUGAAUGAUCGUGGGACCGUGCAGACCAACUCUGUAUUGCUGUGGCAGACCUUCACAUCUUUCACACAUGCUUUUUUACUGAAUGCUGCUUUUAUUAUUAGUAGUAGUGGUAUGACUGAUUAUUAUUAUUAUGACAUUAUUAUUAUUAUUAUUAUUAUUAUUAUUAUUAUGAUGAUGAUGAUGACAACAUCUACUACCACAUCUCACAGACUGUCUGCCUAUAGGGGUGGUGUGUGUGUGUGUGUGUGUGUGUGUGUGUGUGUGUGUGUGAGGCAGUGGAAUGUAUGGACAGGGCUGCCCUCAGCAUAUCAGCUAUGUGAAUAAAGGCCAAGUUGAAUGAA